ACCAACAACUAUCAAGUUAAACGAUGUCGUCUUCUUUUUACUCUCAAGCCAUAACUUUCACUCUUAUAGUCUCUACUCAUUUCUUGCUGGUAGCUUAUAUUGCCGGUGCUACAAACUUUUACAAUGAUUUCGAUUUAACUUGGGGCGGUGGCCGCGGUAAGAUCGCCGGACCUGGAAACAUGCUUACACUCUCUCUGGACCGAGUCUCUGGCUCCGGGUUUCAGUCGAAGAAGGAAUACCACUUCGGUCGAAUCGAUAUGCAACUAAAGCUCGUGGCUGGGAACUCGGCUGGAACGGUUACCGCCUACUAUUUGUCAUCACAAGGUGUAAACCACGAUGAGAUAGAUUUCGAGUUCUUAGGCAAUACAACUGGCGAACCAUACACGCUUCACACCAAUGUUUACACCCAAGGCAAAGGCGAAAGAGAGCAACAAUUUCGGAUGUGGUUUGACCCUACUUCGGAUUUCCACACUUACUCCAUCAUUUGGACUCCUCAAAUAAUCGUAUUUCUUGUAGAUGAUACACCUAUAAGAGAAUUCAAGAACCGAGAAGCAUCUGGUGUUCCUUUUCCAAAAAACCAUCCGAUGAGGCUAUAUUCGAGCUUGUGGAAUGCCGAUGAGUGGGCAACCAGAGGGGGGCUAGUCAAGACCGAUUGGAGUCGUGCCCCUUUCAUGGCUUCAUACCGCAACUUUAAUGUUAGAUCAGCUGGUGUUCUGCCGCAAUCCAAUAUGACCCGUAGGCAAAAACUAAGAUGGGUUCGAAGAAACCACAUGAUCUACAACUAUUGCACUGAUGCUAAGCGGUUCCCGCGAGGGUUUCCUCCUGAAUGCAAGGUUCGCGGCUAGAUAGUGUGCCUGUUCUCUUUACAUGUAUAGAUAUAAUCCUUAUGUGUGUUAUAAAUAUAAUGUAGGAACUAAUAUAUGUAUAGAUCUAUAAUAAUCCUUAUAUAUGUUGUAAUGUGUUAUGUAAAAUGUAACAAAUGGGUGUAUAAUAUUUCGUUAUAUAAA